AUGCAGAAAAAUAAAACGGGUAUCAAAGAGUUCAUCCUGCUUGGUUUUGGGGAACCACAGAGUCUACACACCUUCCUCUUCUUGAUUUUUCUCCUGAUCUACAUUGUGACCCUGAUUGCCAACUUCCUCACUGUUCUUCUGAUAGUGACUGCUCGCCACCUGCACACACCCAUGUACUACUUCCUGGGAAAUUUGUCCUGCUUGGAGAUCCUAUAUAGCUCUGCCAUCCUGCCAAAGACAAUGGCCAGUUUCUGGACUGGGGACAAAGCCAUCUCCCUCAGGGGAUGCAUGCUGCAAUUUUAUUUCUUCUCUUUUCUGGUCUGCACAGAAUGUUAUCUGCUCGCUGUGAUGUCUUAUGAUCGUUUCUUAGCCAUAUGCAAACCUCUGCAUUAUGCCAGAAUUAUGGAUGGGAAACUCUGUCUCUCUUUGGCAGGUGGCUCUUGGAUCAAUAGCAUUGUGUUUAUCUCUAUAUAUUUGCCUUUUAUGUUAGAGUUGCACUACUGUGGUUCCAAUACAAUUGAUCAUUUUUAUUGUGAGUCCUUUGCAUUGAUAAAACUCUCAUGCAGUCACAUCAGAAUUCUUCCCCUUGUUACUGUCAUCCUGGCUUUUCUGUUCAGCUUCCCUCCCUUCCUUUUGACACUCAUCUCCUAUGUAUAUAUCAUACACACCAUCCUGAAAAUCCCAUCCAUCACGGGGCGGCAGAAGGCCUUUUCCACCUGCUCCUCUCACCUGAUUGUUGUGUGUCUUUUCUAUGGAGCCAUCAUUAUUGUCAUAUCAUAUUAUUUGAUACCAAAAGUGGAAGUAGUGAGAGACCUUAGCAAAAUGUUUUCUUUGCUGUACACAGUUUUUCCUCCGAUGGCCAACCCCCUGAUCUAUACCCUGAGAAACAAAGAUGUCAAGGACAUUCUCAGAAAGGCUGCUGGGAAGAUCAUGAGAAACCCUGUUUGA